AAUUGAAAACAACAACAACAACAAGAAGUAGCAAUGUAGCAGCACGCAGAAAAGAAGUCCGACGGCGCUAGACAGACAUGCUCUACUUUAACAUUGUCAAAAUCACAAACAACGUUAAACCAUUUCAAACAAGGUUUUUCACCACAACAACAACCUCUUGUAUAUUAAAUCUCUGCACUAAACCACAACACCUUCAACAAAUCCAUGCUAGAUUCAUCCUCCAUGGCCUCCACCAAAACUCUUCUCUUUCAUCCAAACUCAUGGAUUCUUAUUCCAAGUUUGGAUUCCUUAAUUUCUCCUACAAACUCUUCAACUUCACUCAAAACCCUGAUUCACUUCUCUACAAUGCAUUCCUUAAAAACUUGUUUCACUUUGGUCAAUAUCAAAAAAAUAUCCUUUUUUUCUAUAAACAAAUGGUUGAUAAAUCCAUGUGCCCAGAUGAAGAUUGUUGUUCAUCUCUUUUGAAAUCUUUUUUUUAUGUGUCUCAUCAAAAAGGGUUGAUGAUGAUGGUUCAUGGGCAUGUGGUGAAAUUGGGUAUGGAUGCAUUUGAUUUGGUGGGAAAUGCUUUGAUUGAGUUGUAUGGUUUUUUCAAUGGGAAUGAAUUGCUUGAAAGAAAAUCUGUAACAGGAUUGAAUUAUUGGAAUAAUUUGAUUUAUGAGGCUUAUGAAAGUGGGAAAAUUGUCGAAAGCUUUCAAAUUUUUUGUAGGAUGAGAAAAGAGAAUAAUAUGCAACCCAAUUCAGUUACUGUGAUUAAUUUGUUAAGGGCUAGUGUUGAAUUGAACUCGUUGAAGACGGGGAAACUUCUUCAUUCUUUGGUUGUUGUGAGCAAUUUGUGUGAGGAACUAACUGUGAAUACUGCACUGUUGUCAAUGUAUGCUAAAUUGGGUAGUUUAGAAAAUGCAAGAAUGAUGUUUGAGAAAAUGCCUGAGAAGGACGUUGUAGUCUGGAACAUAAUGAUUUCAGCAUAUUCUGGGAAAGGUUGCCCUAAGGAAUCCUUAGAACUUGUGUAUUCUAUGGUUAGAUCAGGGGUUAGACCUGAUAUGUUCACAGCAAUUCCCGCAAUUUCUUCAAUAGCGCAGUUAAAGUUUAAUAAGUGGGGAAAGCAAAUGCAUGCUCAAGUCAUAAGAAACGGUUCAGAUUAUCAGGUUUCUGUUCAUAAUUCUCUUAUUGACAUGUAUUCCACGUGUGAUGACUUAAGUUUAGCGCGGAAGAUUUUCGGUUUGAUAACGGACAAGACUGUAGUUUCAUGGAGUGCAAUGAUCAAAGGGUAUGCAAUGAAUGGAAAUUGUCUCGAGGCUCUUUCUUUAUUCAUAGAAAUGAAGUUGAGUGGCACUAAAGUUGACUUCAUAAUAGUCAUUAACAUCUUGCCUGCUUUUGCAAAGAUAGGGGCAUUGCAUUACGUAAGAUACUUACAUGGAUACUCAUUGAAAACCAAUCUCGAUUCACUCAAAUCUCUUAAGACAUCAUUUCUUAGUAGCUAUGCAAAAUGUGGUUGUAUAGAGAUGGCAAGAAAGCUUUUUGAUGAAGAGAAAAAUAGCCAUAAAGAUAUAAUUGCAUGGAACUCUAUGAUCACUGCAUAUUCUAACCAUGGAGAGUGGUUUCAAUGUUUUCAAUUGUACGACCAAAUGAAACUAUCAAAUGUUAAACCAGAUCAAGUAACAUUUCUCGGGAUGCUCACAGCUUGUGUUAAUUCCGGCCUUGUGGAAAAGGGCAAGGAGAUUUUCAAGGAGAUGGUGAAACUUUAUGGUUACCAACCAAGUAAGGAACAUAAUGCUUGUAUGGUCGAUCUAUUAGGACGUGCUGGAAAAAUCAAUGAAGCGAGCAAAAUAAUAGAAACUCAUCAAUUGAAUUCAGAUGCGAGGGUUUAUGGCCCCUUGUUGAGUGCAUGUAAGAUGCAUGAAUCAGAAACCGAUUUUGCAGAACUUGCUGCUGAGAAGCUCAUAAAUAUGGAACCUAAAAACGCUGGCAACUAUGUAUUGCUAUCGAAUAUAUAUGCUGCAGCAGGAAAAUGGGACAAAGUUGCUAAAAUGAGGAGUUUUCUAAGAGAUAGAGGACUAAAGAAAACACCAGGUUGUAGCUGGGUAGAGUUGAAUGGACAAUUGCAUGAGUUUCGUGUUGCGGAUCAAUCUCAUCCAAAAUCAGGAGAUAUAUAUUCAGUAUUGAAAGUACUGGAGUCUGAAGCAGGCAUGGAGGAUGAGAUUAUUGACCUCUUUUACGAACCUCCUACUAUUUUGGGGAUGUGAAUUGCAUAUCAAUCACAUCUUUAAGAGAUGAUAACUUGAUAAGCUAAAUACACCAGACACUGUAACGUUUAUGAUAUUUUGAUGGUUAUUAUAUCAUUGUUACACACAGUUAUAGUAGCUUUAAGAUUAAUCCCACUUUUUAAGAGCUAAUUAAUUAUUUUCAGUUAACAUUAGUUAGCUAUAUGAAUAAUAUAUACCCCUGUAUUGAGAGCCAUAGUCACUCAAUUUCAUUCUUGUAAUUUUCAGAUUAAAUUAAGAGAUUUUCUCUCACUUUC